ACGAGGUGAUACGGAUGUGUAUAAAGGGAAGAAUACAGAAACAAACUUCACUCUGAACGUGACCUCAGCCUGGAGAACAUAUCGAGAUGCUACGAUUUGCCUGUUUCGCCACAGUGUUGGUGGCAGCCCUUGCUGUGCCUAUCACUGACCUUAGGUUAGAUGACGAAUGGAACAUCUUCCAGAACAUGUACAAGAAGGAGUAUAACCUCGAGGGGGAGGCCAUGAUGAGACGUCAGAUCUGGGAGAGCAACGUCCGCCUGAUCCAGAAACACAACCUUGAAUUUGAUCGUGGAGUUCACACCUACACCUUGGGUAUGAACGAAUAUGGAGAUAUGACGAGUGAGGAAUUCGUCCAGACCAUGAAUGGUUACAUGAUGAGAAACACUACAUCCGGGGCCAGUCUCUUCCUUCCUCCCAGUAACGUCGCGGUUCCAGACACUGUCGACUGGAGACCCAAGGGUUACGUCACCCCUGUAAAAAAUCAGGGUCAAUGUGGUUCCUGCUGGGCUUUCUCAACCACUGGAUCCCUCGAGGGGCAGACAUUCAAAAAGACCGGAAAAUUGGUUUCACUUUCUGAGCAGAAUCUUGUAGAUUGCUCAUCCCGGGAAGGUAACCACGGAUGUAAGGGAGGAUUGAUGGACCAGGGAUUCAAGUACAUCAAGAUCAACAAUGGAAUUGAUACCGAAUCAUCCUACCCAUACACAGCCAAGACAGGAUUUUUCUGCAAAUUCAAGAAGAGUGAUGUAGGAGCUACAGAUACCGGAUACACUGAUGUUAAGAGUAAGAGUGAAACAGAUCUCAAGAGCGCUGUAGCAACCGUUGGCCCUAUCUCCGUUGCCAUGGAUGCCGGCCACAGUUCAUUCCAACUUUAUAAAACCGGUAUAUACACCGAAAAGAAGUGCAGCUCCACCCAUCUUGAUCAUGGAGUUCUUGCUGUCGGCUAUGGCACUGACGAUGGAAAGGAUUACUGGCUAGUGAAGAACAGCUGGGGAACAAAAUGGGGAAUGGAAGGAUAUUUCAAAAUCGCACGUAACGCAGGCAACAUGUGCGGAUUGGCUACACAAGCAAGCUAUCCAACGGUUUAAACGAACCCGGACGGCCAUAGGCUAAAAUGAACAAAAGACUUAUUUUCAUCUCAACCAUUUUUUCAUAAGUAUCAUGUUUGCAUAAAUAAAGUUAUCACUAAAUGUUAA